GUUGUGAACGUCUACAGACGCGCGCUGUUCGAGUUUGGCGUAACAGUCUUCAGGCAGUCUUGUUGGACUUUCGCCUAUAACCUGCGCGAUAGGUCUUGUCGUCUCGGUCAACCUCUAUCUUCAUAAUUGCUCCAACUGUAGUAUACUUUCACUUCCUUAAAAACGUGGGACUUGUGGAUAAGCUAGUGGAUCCACGCAAAGUUGCUUUUCUAGGACGGUCAAAGCUGCUGGUAUCCAGAAACCCUACUGCCUUGAAAUAAACGCACUUUCUCAACUACAAGAUACACAAGUCCAAACCGACUGGAAUUAGUGGAGUCGAGUGGUUGAACUACCACCCAUCGGAUAUAACCAAAUACCUGAAACCGUACCAAAACAACAAGAAGCAAGCCCUAAAAAAUUUAUCAUUUUAUACAAGCUCGUGACAAAGAUAUUGAGUAUUAAAAAAAUGGUCUCAAAGGCGAAUACGAAAACUCAGUUUGUGAGUAACUAUGGUAUAUUUCUCAAGUCGCUGAAGAUGCAAUCUGUAUUUGACGACAAAAACGACUUUUUGGAUGUCGUGUAUUGGUUUAGGCAAGUUUUUGCCAUUAUAGUCGGUGUUGUCUGGGGUGUAGCCUCGUUUACGGGUUUUGUAGCAAUCCUCAUGUUUUUUGUAACAAACAUAUGCUUUGUCUAUGCAUACGCUGCAAUUUAUCAACGUGUUGAUGAGGAUGAAUAUGGUGGAUAUGGGGAGAUCAUUAAAGAAGGUUUAAUGACAGCUUUUGCAUGCUUUAUGGUAUCCUGGAUACUCACUUAUGAUUGCGCUCACGGUGUAAACAGCACAACUUGGUAGUUUAUCGAUACUGUAUUUGUAAUAUAUGUUACUGGUUUUGUACAUCCCGAUAUUUUUUAUAGAAUAUAUUGCGUAGUUCCUAAACGUGUUCUUUUUUUGACGAAAUCAGCUAAAAUGUUUACUAAGUUUGUUCUGUUUAGGCAAUGGCCACUCAGUGCGCUAUGUAUCGCAUCAAAAAGCUCGAACAUAGUACAUCAGAUACUGGGACCUCGUGCUACAAAGCUACAGAUGGAUCUCUAUGUUUCUGUACAGUAAUUGACUUUAACCACGGUCACGAAUCUGGUCUUGAUUUAGAAUGCUGCCCACUUCAUUCGCUUUUUAAUAUACAGUGCGAGCCCAUUGUUCUGAAAAGCAAUUCGCGCUUUCGCAUUCUUCUGGGUAAUUCUCCCGACACUACACAAUUUAAAAACCAGCCAAAUUCGAAACAGCUUUCUUUAAGAAGUGUGGUAGAGAAUAUCCUCUUUAAUUGUACAGCCGGGGACGUGUUCAAUGUAGAUAUAGAAUCCGUUGAGAGAGGCGAAAAAUACAAAGAUCCUACAGAGUAUCAUCUAUCAUUACGCGUUGACUAUGUACUUGUUCCACCGAUCUGUGGCGAUCCUACUAUGAAUGUUAAUGCUAAAAUAUUAGAAUCGGAUUUAAGAGAAAAUACUACAGUUGACUGGAAUCCUGAUUUAACAAUUCAAUGGUUAUAUCGAGCUUGGUAUUUAAAAGAAAGAGGUUCUUGGUUGGUAAAUCAUCAUUUGAAAUGUGUAACAUUACACUUGAACAAUUCAAAUAGUGAUAAUAACAGAGAGGAAUUAUUCAAAUACAUUUGGUCAUCAGCUUUUGCAUGUUAUUCCAGAGCUUUACAGCUUGUUUCAUUAGCUUAUUGGGCUGAAAAAACAUGUGUAAAUGAUGUUUUACCAAUGGGAACUGACGAAAAUGGAUAUGAUUGUACAAAAAAUAAAACUAACACAAAUAAUAAUAUACACUGGAUUCAAGUGGUAUCAGGUGAAAAAUCCAUAACUUGUAAUAACGGUGAAAAAUUGAACAGUUCAGACUACAAAGAUUGGGAUCGUUUUGGGGAUAUUGAUCACAAAACUAUGUUUCCAUUACAAUGUAAACCUUUACGCUUGAUGUUUAUCCUCCUUUCAAAUGUUGCUUUAUGUCAAUUGAAAGUUGGAUCUAAUGAAUAUUGUGCUCGAAAUUGUUCACAUGCUUUAUAUCUUCUUUCAUGUCAAAUAGAUUCUUCUAUAUAUUCAUCAACUAAUGAUUAUUAUCAUCAAGAUAUCAUUAAUACAUCAUUAUUUUCACAAGAAAAACUUCAAUUCUAUUGGGAUAAUUUUGAAAUAUCUUAUCAAGAUAUACAUAAAGUACUAUUUCGUCGUGCUCAAUCUUAUUUUAAUCAAGGUAAAAUGGAUGAAGCUAAAUUUGAUUUGGAAAUCUGCGUUGAAUUAAUGAAAAGUCAGUUAUUAACAUUGCAAAAUAAAGACCAUAAGGAGAAGACUAUAGAAAAUAAUAAUAAUAAUAAUAAUAAUAAUAAUAAUAAUAAUGAACAAGAAAAGGAGGAAAAGGAUACGGAGAGCAACAACACUUGUAAACAAAUUAAAGCAGCUUUACAGGCUAGUGAAAACCUUUUAGUCAAAGUGAUUGAUCGUAUAAAACGUGAUCAAGAUGAAUUACUAUCUCGUAUUAGGAAACGAACACAUGUAAAUGAAUGAAACGAUAUGUUUUAUUGUGUUUUAUAAAAUUUAUUAAUUCAGUGAAUAAUUAUACUUCAUAUAUUAUUAAAGAAAUCAUCUUCGUAUCAGUUGUUUGAUAAUUUGCAUCAUAGAUUCAUUCAAAGCUUUAUCCGGGUUUUUCGAAACAAUCAAAUAAGCAGUAUUGAAGUUAGAUACAUAUUUACUAGGUAGCAAUGAUGAUAUAUCGAUUGGUGGAGCUGUACAACUUCAUUGGUUAAGAUGACUAUGACAUACAUUAUAUUUGCUCGUCUUCUGUCUACCCCAAAGUGCAAUGAUGACUAUCUUGGGAUCAUUUUGGAUAAAAGCUGGUUGCGGACAAACUAAAAUGUUCCGUCAGUUUAACAAAUAAUUGUCUGUUACUCUGAGGUAUUUUGGUUGAUAGAAACGUUUUGUUUGAAACCCUUCAGAUAACUGGUGUCAGUAGUUGUAAACAUUUGUUGACAUGGCUUAGAGUUAUUUACCGUAGUUUAGUUGGAUUUACUUUAUCUCCCCAUAAAUCUUGAGUUUUAAAGCAAGUAUAUAAAUUGUAUUCCUUUAUUUCAUCCCUUCUUUUCGAAAUAAAUUCUAUAUAUAUUUAGUCUUGCUGUAACUGAUACUGCUACUACUUCUACUUCUUUGAUACCCUGUUAAUUUCAUUGCUUUGUACUAGUGUGAGAUGUGAUACCGAUAACCUAUACACAUCUGUACCACAUUCUACGUUGAUUACGAUGGACUGACUGACUGAUACCUUACGAUCACUGGAAACAAAGUAGGUGGAGGAGAAUUCCUAUCCAAUCAUCGUAAGUUGAUUGGUUUAAUUAUCAAGCUAUUGUUAUACUAAUAAUAUGACCCUAGUAAGCAUAAGAAGUAUCUUUAUAUGAUAGUUAGUUUAUUCAUACUUUCUUUGUAAGUUCAUUAUUAUUGAGAUUAGAAAGGAAUACCAUUUUUCAAAAAGAAUUUUCACUUCAAACCUUCGCUACCUACCUGGUCAUUUUUUAUCUUAAGACCGAGUUGUUAUAACGCUCGGUUUUGUUUCGUCUGAUGUUAUAACGGUUGGAUUUGCACGUUUACACGUAUGGGACGUUAAUUUACCUUAAACAUAUAUCUACACUAGAUUCCCCAUCACUGUCUAUUCUACAGGACUUUAACACAACUCAGAUCAAGAACACGUGAUUAGCCUGACCACAACGUAAAUAUAUUUCCACACUAAAAACCCAAUACGAUCCAACAAUAAUGAAUAGCCAAUAAUAAGUGAGUCAUAAUAAUAAUAAGGAUAGGGGAAUAUAUAACUCAUCUGACACCUGUCCAACUAUCUACAUGUCUGACUAGAGAGACAACCAAUCAUUCUCGCCCACACAUCACGAAUACAACAGUUUGAAGUGAAUUCCAGUCCAUUGUAGGUUUCUAACCUAUUAACUUUGUUGAGUCAGGGAGUAUCAAUGAAAAUGUCAAAGUUUGGAAGUUAUGCUCUGAGAACUCAGUAUAUAUGCUUAUAAUAAUGUGCAACACUUUUAUCUCUUCCUUGGUAGAAAUAACUUCAGUAAAAGAUUUCACUGAUUAUUAUUUUCUAUAUUCAAUUUGUUUAUUGUUCCUCAUCUCCCCCCCCCCUAUUUCUUUCUUAAAUAUACACUUCAUUGUCCAAUUAUUUGAACACUUCUUACUACGUAAUCUUGUAACUUUUUAUGAGUGUUAUUGACCUAUAUCCUAUUAUGAAACAUUAAUUCAAGUCUUUAUUAUUCUUAUCACAACUAGUACACCUUUCAUUACAUGAUCAAUUUGUACUCUUUACUUAUUAUGUUUAGUUAUGUAAUGUAUUCCACUGUUAUCAAUGUCUCAUAAACUGCCUUAAUUAAUUUAAUAAUUUCGUUUAUGCAUAUCAAUACAUUACUGUAUGUUAGUCUAUAUUAGCCUGAUGAGGAUCUAAUUGAAAACAAUAUUAUAUAUAUA